AUUCAUAAUAUUUUCACUCUAUAUUACUCGUGAUUAAUAUAUAUGCGACAGCACAAAAAGCAAGCAGCCAGAGAACCAAAGACGUUCAUCAGCGGGGCGGGUUUUCCUGUAGAAAAGACUCACCUCCUCCCAUCACCCCUUUUUAUUUAUUGUAUGUUUUUUUAAAAAAACAAAUAUAUCAAUACAUAUAUAUAUAUAUCAUUAUGUCAUUAGGGUAUGCAGAAAAACUAUCUUAUAUUGAAGAUGUUGGUAAUGUUGGAAUGUCUGAAAUCUUUGAUCCACCUAACAUCUUACAAACCAAGAUUGAACAGCUUACUAAACUGAUUCGGAAGAGUCGGCAUUUAGUUGUGUUUACUGGAGCGGGGAUAUCAACUUCUUGUGGUAUACCUGAUUUUCGUGGCCCCACAGGGAUUUGGACGCUUCAGCGGGGAGGCAAUGCAUUGCCAGAAGCAACACUCCCAUUUCAUCGUGCAAUGCCAAGCAUGACUCAUAUGGCUUUAGUUGAACUAGAGAGAGCUGGCAUUGUUAAAUUUGUUAUUAGUCAAAACAUUGAUGGCCUCCAUCUUCGUUCCGGAAUACCAAGGGAAAAGCUGUCAGAAUUGCAUGGAAAUUCCUUUAUGGAAAGAUGCACUUCUUGUGGUACUGAGUACUUUCGAGAUUUUGAGGUUGAAUCUGUUGGACUGAAGGAAACAUCACGAAGGUGCUCCAAUGCAGAUUGUGAUGUUAAACUUAAAGACACAGUUCUUGAUUGGGAGGAUGCAUUACCCUUUGAAGAAAUGAAUCCAGCAGAGGUGCACUGUCAAAGGGCUGAUGUUGUAUUAUGUCUGGGGACGAGUUUACAGAUAACUCCUGCUUGCAAUUUGCCUCUGAAGUGUCUCCCUGAUGGUGGAAAAUUUGUUAUUGUGAAUCUUCAGAAAACUCCAAAAGACAAGAAAGCGAGUCUGGUUAUACAUGGAUUCGUAGACCAGGUAAUUGCUGGAGUCAUGGAGCUUCUCAAUAUGCGUAUUCGCCCAUUUGUCAGAAUAGAUCUCAUUCAGACCAUUUUUACUCAUGCAUUGAGUUCAGAUGAGCGAUUUGUAAACUGGACACUCCGGAUAGCGAGUAUACAUGAUAAGAGGGCUGUGAUUCCAUUCAUCAAGUCUGUGGAGGUAUCGUUUUCAGAUCAGACGAUGAAAGGCGCGGUACUAGAAAAGCACCCUUUUCUCCUUAAAAGGAGAAAUGUUCGUAAGAUUGAACCAUUUCAUGUUAUCUUCAAAGUUAACUUCAGCGAGGGAUGUGGAUGUGCAUUUAGCCGAAUAAAAAUCCCUAUUGAUUUUCAGGCAACAGCAGACAACUUAAAGCGUGAUCAAGACCAUGUCUUCAGCAAACUGAAAACUAAAGUUAUAAAAGAUUCAUGUCGUGGGCAGAAUUCUGUAGUUGAGAGAAAAACGAUUAUAGAACCAAAGAGUGAGGUUGUAGUCCGUGCCAUUGUGACAAAUGUUAGAUGGUAUGAUGAGAUAACAGUCAAAACCGCAGGUGCUGGUGCUUUAACCAAUUUCUCAAUGAAACGUAAGAAAGAAGGCAAACAUGAAACUGAAAUUGCUCGUAAGUUCCCAAAAUGGCCAAGACAUAAUGGUAGAUAAGCAGCAUUUUCUUUUGACAGUGUACAUACUUGAAUAUUUAGGUUUUCUCUUUUGGCAUAGAAGCAUUAUAUAGUGAAGCAAGCAAGUGAAUCUUUAUAGGUCAAUGCAUUUUUUCUUAGCCAUUUGUUGCCUUCUCAUGAAGCCCCACUUGAUAAUGAAAAGAUGGUUUCAGUA